CAACCAUCACCAACAGCAGUGGCCCCAAGGCAGAGGCUCCAGGAACCAGGCACAGCAACUACACAGAAAAGAUGGGCAAUGAUGACAAGAAGCCAACAACUAAAUUUGAACUAGAGCGAGAAACAGAACUUCGCUUUGAGGUGGAAGCGUCUCAGUCGGUUCAGUUGGAGCUGCUGGCUGGCAUGGCAGAAGUCUUUGGCACCGAGCUGACCCGGAACAAGAAAUUCACCUUUGAUGCUGGUGCCAAGGUAGCUGUUUUCACUUGGCACGGCUGUUCGGUACAGCUGAGUGGCCGCACCGAGGUGGCUUAUGUCUCCAAGGACACCCCUAUGUUGCUUUACCUCAACACUCAUACAGCGUUGGAGCAGAUGCGGAGGCAGGCGGAGAAGGAAGAGGAGCGAGGCCCCCGGGUGAUGGUAGUGGGCCCCACCGAUGUGGGCAAAUCCACAGUGUGCCGCCUGUUGCUCAACUACGCAGUGCGUUCAGGCCGCCGGCCCACUUAUGUGGAGCUGGAUGUGGGCCAGGGCUCUGUGUCUAUCCCUGGUACCAUGGGGGCUCUCUACAUUGAGCGGCCGGCAGAUAUUGAACAAGGAUUCUCCAUCCAGGCCCCGCUGGUGUAUCAUUUUGGCUCCACCACUCCUGGCACCAACAUCAAGCUUUAUAAGAAGAUUACAUCUCAUCUAGCAGAUGUGUUCAACCAAAGGUGUGAAGUGAACCGAAGGGCUUCUGUGAGUGGCUGUGUCAUUGACACCUGUGGCUGGGUCAAGGGCUCCGGCUACCAGGCCCUGGUGCAUGCAGCUUCAGCCUUUGAGGUCGAUGUGGUUGUGGUUCUGGAUCAAGAACGACUUUACAAUGAACUGAAGCGGGACUUGCCCCACUUUGUGCGUACUGUGCUGCUCCCUAAAUCAGGGGGUGUGGUGGAGCGCUCCAAGGAUUUCCGGCGGGAAUGUAGGGAGAAGCAUAUCCGUGAGUAUUUCUAUGGAUUCCGGGGCUGCUUUUAUCCCCAUGCCUUCCAUGUCAAAUUUUCAGAUGUGAAAAUCUACAAAGUUGGGGCACCCGCCGUUCCAGACUCCUGUUUGCCUCUGGGCAUGUCUCAGGAGGACAAUCAGCUGAAGCUAGUACCUGUCACCCCUGGCCGAGAUAUGGUGCACCACCUCCUGAGUGUCAGCACUGCUGAGGGCACAGAGGAGAACCUCUCUGAGACCAGUGUGGCCGGUUUCAUCGUGGUGACCAGUGUGGACCUGGAGCAUCAAGUGUUUACUGUUCUCUCUCCAGCCCCCUGUCCACUGCCCAAGAGCUUCCUUCUCAUCAUGGAUAUCCGGUUCAUGGAUCUUAAAUAGAGAUCAGGGAGUCUUGCUGCCUGGGGCAUGGAGAUCUGUGGCCAUCACAGAGACAGAUGGGCUGAAGAGGGAGAGUCUUUUGAGGCCAGGCUGACCAGUAAAUAGUGGACUAGUAAAAAGCAUAUAUUCUACCUCUUAAAACAGGUGGUGGUGACUUAACUACUAAUCUUGAGUCAAAAGGAAAACCAUGAGACUAUGAUUGGUUUCUUAGAUCACCUAAGGUGCCACUUCAAAUUCUCUAAGGCCCUGGAGAAUCCCGUUUCUUUAACCAGUUAC